AAUUUCUCCCCAGAGACCCGCUAUCAGUUGCGCCCCUCUGCGCCCCUUGCCCCGCGGCCGUCGCGCUGCGUCUUAAAUAGCGUGCUUACUCCCGGACCUGGCAUACUGUCCUCGGCUCUCCAGACACCAACAUCACCCUGCACCACCUCUUCAAAAUGGCCAAGUUUGUUGUUCUCUUCCUCGCCUGCUUGGCAUUUGCAUCAGCGAGACAAGUCCGCCGCGAUGCCCCUUCCCCGCUCCAAGAUAUCGAGAAGCACGCGGUUGUGUUCUCGAAAACUUUCACCGAGCAAUUCAACGCGCUCGCUAACUCGAAGAAUAGUCAGGAGCUUAACAAGGCACUGAAGGAUGGUUCGGACUCCGUGUUGAAAACAAUUUCUUCGUUUUCUAACAGCUUACAAAACGCGAUUAACGACGCCACUGGAAAGGCUAAAGAGGCGCUGGAACAAACAAAAGCAAACAUGGAGAAAACCGUAGAAGACCUGCGCAAAGCACACCCCGACGUGGAGCAGCACGCCAACGACUUGAAACAGAAAAUACAAGCCGCCGUCACGAAAACCGCAGAGGAGUCCCAGAAGCUGGCUAAGGAAAUCGCGUCCAACGUGGAGCAGACUAACCAGAAACUGGCACCGCAGAUCAAGCAGGCCUACGACGAUUUUGUUAAGCAAGCCGAGGAGGUACAGAAGAAACUGCAUGAAGUCGCUACCAAGCAGUGAGCGCGUGCGAUUCGCCCAUCCCUAUUGUGAUAAUCAUAAUAUGUCUUUAAUAAAAUAGUUAUAUUUUA